AUGGAUGCUGAUUCUUUAUUCAGCUUUAUUCCCAUUCACGAGGCUGCGGAGAUAUGGGCGCGACUCCACCAUGUCUGCGGCCCUAACAAUCUGGUGCUCUCGAGUGAGAUCGGAGCCUUCAGUGCUAAUUGCUGGGCGGAAGAACGCGGCCACAAGACCUUCGAAACGGCCCUCAGCCCCCUCCUUGAGAGGCUCAACCCGAGAAGCAAAGGUUACUGCAAGACACCCGAUCAGUGGAUCAACUACCAGAAUGGUGCCUCGAUUAUGUUUACGUUGUACAUCAGUACUGGGACUGAAACUGUGGUGCUGACACGGCCUCCGCCAGUACGACUGAGAGCGCGCUCGUCGUAUAAAGAGCUUGAAGAGUGCUGGAUUACUGCAUGUUGUGAGAAGGACAAGUUCAAAAUCUUUUUUGCGCAUCCUUUAGUAAACGCGGCGCAAGACUACAUCUACGAGUAUUGGCCAGAGGACCAUAUCAAUGCUUGGAUGACGAUGUAUCCCGAGAGAGGAAAGCUGCAGAACCUAAAUGUGCUUUGGGAAAGCACUGCGGAGCAGCCUACAUACCGACCAAAUGAUCUCAGACAGAUGAGAGACACUAUUCUGAAAAAGCUGUAUCUUCACACAACCGGAGCGUCUCUGUACUGGAACGGCUCCAGCAACGCAUUCGAAACCCCUGCAUUUGGACGACGAAAGUUGCACGAGAACUGGGAGCAGGCCGCUGGCAGCGGCGACCGGGAACGAAAGCUCCGCGAAGAAACGAAUUUUGUACAUCGACGAAGCACACUCAAGAUGUGA